GAAACCCAAUCAGACGGAUGGAAGUACACGAUCUCAAUCAAAUGAAUAUUAGUUAGCAGAUUAUCCCCCACUUAACCAUUGUUUUGCUUAUUGAAAAAUAAACGUUGGAGAUCUUGUUGAGUUAAUCAGUCAACAAUACGCUCGAAAUCUACCAACAAAUAAAUAUGCCUGCUUCACUGAUUCAUUCAUUAAAUACUUCUCAAAGCAGAUUAGUUGGCCAGUGCAAAUCUCAAUUCAGCCCAAUGCGGAGGACAAGCCAAGCGGCCAUUUUAGAAGUGAAAACCAAGGCACAAAGUGUCACCAGCAUGGAGAAGAGAGCACCCCAAAAUUGCAGGUUGACGACAAAUGACGGCACUGGGAAUAGCAAGAGGCUGAAAUACUCUAUUGAUGAGAUAUUGGGAAUGAAACAAAGGGACAGUGUUGUGACAGAGACGAAAGAAAGAUUGUCACCGCAUGAAAGAAGAGACAAACUUGAACAAAAAUCGCCGGUAGCAGUCGACUCUGACAACGAACUGUCUGCAGAGAGAGAGCAUCAAGCAACAUCUGAGACAAAGAAUAUCGAUGAAACUAGCAAUUCGUGCAGCGAGGAAGAGUCUUUUGUGAACAGCACUGAAAGUGAAGAAAAACCAAGAAAAAUCAGAAGAAGCCGGACAACAUUCACAACAUAUCAGCUGCAUCAAUUAGAAAGAGCGUUCGAGAAGACACAAUAUCCAGAUGUAUUCAUGAGAGAAGAACUAGCUAUGAGGCUGGACCUCAGCGAAGCAAGAGUGCAGGUUUGGUUUCAAAACAGACGCGCUAAAUGGAGGAAGAAAGAGCGUAUUCCGGAAAGCGAAGAAAGGCUUUACGGCAAUCCACGUCCGCGUGCUUCGUAUUCAAUCAAUGAUGCAAUAGCCGAGAUUCGAGGCUCUUACAGUCACGCAAACGACGCACCAAGCAGGCCAUUUCAGACGCCGUAUUCUCAGAUCUCAUCAAGUCCUUGCCAGGUAGCCACUUGUACUUGCUGUCACCAUGGCGACAUGCGUUGGCGCCAAGAACACACCCAUGGCAUUGUUCCUUGCGAUGACCCAUAUUACCUAAAAGCAAACAUUGUGCACGAAAGAGCAACAAAGAGAACUAUAUCGCCGCCGUCCAUGAUAAGGGCAUCUUCUGAUCUACCAUACAUCAGCAGGCGCCAUAGCUACGGAGACCUCCACUCACGCCCCACAUAUCACUCAGACUCUCUUGUUAUCAACGGAUACGGCAAAAACUAUUGAUCUUUCUAAAUAUAUUCUUGAAUUGUUACAAACUUGCAUAAAUUAGACAAAACACCCAAUUUACCCUACAUCUAAACUGAAGGCUCUUAUUACUAGUUAUUCAUAGAAACCUUUACACGAAUUUUUUUAUAUAAAGAGUAAAUUUCUGCCGAGCCUCAAAAUUCUUGAGAAAUUUUUGUUUUGAGCCUAGAACUAAUCUUCAAUCAUUCUUAGUUUGGCAAGGAUAGUUCAAAUCUUUUUGAUAAAUUAUCAAGAAUAUUUUGAUUAAUUCUUAAAUUUCAAGUAUUUAGAGCGUCAAUAUUUUUAUAAACUUUAUAAAAAGUUGUGCAUUACAAAAAGCGUCCUUUUUACAAAAUCUAUCAUGAGAUUGGUAAAUCCAAAAAUAUAGUUUUGUGGCAUUGAACUUUCUCAAGUAGUUAUAGAUUCUUAAUUAAUUCUUAUAAGUUGACUUAGUUUGUUCGAUAGGAAGAUAAUCGUUGGCAACAAAAACUUUUAUAAAUUGGUUAUUAACAUUUACAAAAUAAAACUUAGCCUUCCUUUAAGUAAAUGAAAGGAACAUAAAAAGUUUUUAAGGUGUAGUAACCUAUUUAUUUGAGGUGGUUUCAUUUUUGCUUCAUGCUACUUCGAAAACAUGACCAUGACCGAUCCUAACAACAAAAUUUUGACGAAUUCACUGUUUUAUAAUCUAAGAAGCAAAUGCCCUUAAGAGGUAGCUGAAUUUAUUAUGAUGUUCUUAUGUUUAAAUAUGAACAAGCUCCAUUUAUUCGCAAGUAUGCAGUCCUGAUAGAAAUGUUACAUAACAAGCAUAUUUUUGUAUAUAGUAGUGUAGAUGACGAUUGAGUUUGGCAUAGAUAAUAUCUUGUGUUUCUGCAUUGAAUUUCUGCAUGUUGCAAAAGAAAGCAACAGUGAAAAAUCUUUGAUGAAAUUGUUCUUCGAAAUAAGAGAAGAGUACAGAACGAUUCCCAACUAACCAUAAAGUAGCAUGUGAUGGGUGACAAUUCUUGACCCUGAAAUAUCAUAGAUGUUACGAAUACUUUUAGAUUCAGUCAUAUCAUUUUUUAAUUCUAUUCAAGAUGCGGAAGGCCUAAAAUGUUUUUGCAAAAAAUAAUAUAGAGCUAUGAGGAGUGUUAAAAAUUCCUUUAUUUUACCAGUCCUAUUACCAGUCCAGUCCUUAUGAAUUUUUUAAUUUCCAAUAUAAAUCAAGGAACUAAAUCUAGACUUCUAAAAAAGCAAAUUUGAUCCUGAGAAUAAAGUAUUGGCAAAUUCAAAAUGAUUUGUCAAAUUUUAGAAUGGAAGUUUGUACCUGUACAUAGAGGCAAUUUAGCUUUAUCCAUUGCCAAGCAUCAUAUGGAAUUGGCAAAAUAAACAACUAAUUAUAGUGGCUGAGUAUUUCAUAUCAAAUGAAAUGAAAAAUAAAUAAAACAUGUCUUAUAACGACAAAAAUAGAAUUGCUUUUGGCACUGCUGUUCGAAAAACUACAAUGUUGAUUCAAUUGAGGAGUGGUAAAGAUAUUGCCGCAAAUCUGCUAACUUUUGAAUGUGUAUGUUUGGCAGGCCUAAAUGCACCGCUCGCCUAGAUCAUACGUUAGAAGUAGGACUCAAUAGGGGUAAGUAAUACAAAACAACGUUCUUUCUUGUUUACGAUUUUGCGAUAGGAAUCGACUGAGCGGCAUUGUCUAUCAAACAUAGUGCUAUAUAUUCACGUGAAGCUAAACACUGGCACAUUAUACUAUCUAAUUUGGAAUCUAAUAUGGGAUUUUGAAUGUAUCAUUGAAAUUAAUCCGAACACCUGGCUAGUAAAUCCAAUGAAAUCUGGGAAUUUUCAUUAAGAUAAUCUACAUCCAGGGCAGAAUCUUUUAUUUGCUGAUUAGCCAAAAGAUCAGGUUCUAUUUUUUGGCUUUCCACGAAAAGGUGAAAACAAAGGUGAUGUUCAUAAAAGGAAUCGAAUCAUGUCAAGCUUGUAAGAAGAUCUUCUAUUAAAAAUCACCAUAGCGAAUGAAGUAAUCUAAUGAAAAAAUUAGUUGUAAUAAGGAAGAGAUGAUGAGUUAUGAACUAGUCGUCAUUUGUCAUAAGCCUUGAUAUUUGAAAGGCGAUAUUCAUUUUAGAAUAAUUAGUUAUGGGUUAAUUGGAUGAAUGCAUUGCGAUGAAAAUAAAGAACGCACGGUGGGUUUUUCUUGCUGAUGUAAACAACAUUUGGUCGCAAUAUGUAAGAAGCAUAUCAUCGUGUUAAUCAAGAUAAUUGAUUACCUCUUCUAAGAAACUACCAACGGCUUUUUAAUCAAACGAUGCCCAUAUUCAGUGAAUGUAUCAUUUGAUGUUAAAAACAUUACGUCACUGAAGGUCGUUGUUGUUGUUGCAAGUAGAUGGCCAGCUAUCACAGUUUGGAUGCAAAAUGUUCAGUAAAUCGUUAAAAGCAAAGCAAAAAGUGCAGAAUUUUGAAAAGCCAUCAUGUACUUUUAAAAGUCGUUA